AUGAAUCCGGAGAAGGCCCGAGAUUGCAAGCCCUACCGGGCCACCUUCGCACGCAUGUUCUGCGACCUGCACUGCGUACGGGAUGCUGUCAUUCGAGGCGACCGGACGAUCCUCCGGAACUUGCAGAAAGCCACGGACGUCACAAAUGGCAACACCGAGAAGCUUGCGGGGUGGAUUGUGAAGACGGCGCAGCUGGAUGCGGGUUGGCUGGGGGAGAAGAUUGAUCACCAGUCUUUGGUGCAGGGCAUCGAGAAUAAGAAGGAGUUCACGGCGAUCAGGGAGAUGAUCGAAGGCGGCGACAAGAAGGAGUUGUUCUUGGCCAUCAACCAGCGCACGAAGCAGAUGCAAUCUGAGCUGGCAGGGUACGCCGAGGGAGCCUCGUUCAGUCAAGCUGCUACCCUGGCAGCAAACGAUGCGCUGGAAAAGUUUGCGGCGGAUAGCAAGUCGUCGAUUCGAGAUGGCAACAGCACGGAGCACGCCCUAAAGGCCUUCAACAGCCUGGUCACGCUGAGGUCCAAGCUCAGGUCUGUGGCAGAUAAGCACAGCAAGGCCGACACGGUUGCAAUGUCAGUUGUGGAGGGGGCUCGCCAGAUGCAAGAGAGCCUCAAGUUGCAGCGAGAGACCUUGGGCAUCUACCGCAAGAGGAGCAACGCCACGCGGCAAAUGUUCCGCUCGAGGUCCGGUGCUGAGCAGCGCGAGCGACAUGCGAUGCUGCUGGACCUGGACCGUGUUUGGUGGAAGAUCCGCGGAGCGCUUGACGACUACAUCGACGAAGCUGAAGACGAGAUCAGGGGCUACGACUCCGGUGUCCAUGCCUUGACGCAGUACGAGAAAUGCAGCGUCGACUUCCAGAGCUUGCUGGCGGUCUACAAGCAGACCAUGGCAGCAAGCGAUCGCUCUCACAGGGCGCUGAAAACGACCUGGCGCCACGUCUCGAACCUGCUGGGGGAGCUGGCCUCUCACAUUGUCGACGGCGAGGCGUUCGAUACCUUCUUACAACAAGAAGGUUGUGAGGGCUCCGUGGCUGAUGGGGGCUUGACCGAGCAAACGCUGCAGCAAGUCCGAGAUGCCUCAGCCGGAAUGAGGAUGCUUUACGACCGCUUUGAAGUCGCGGACCUGGCGUCGCCGGACUUGAAGACUGUUGAGGAUGCGGUUGAACGCAUCAAAGCAAGCUUCAGCGAAGCGACGGAGAGGGUCUGCAAGAUUAGAGGAGAGAUUCCGAACUGGUUCCUGCCCCAUAUCGACCUGGAGAAGGAUCAAAAGCAGAUGGACUCGGAGAUCGCACUGCUGGAAGAGGCAAGGUAA